GGAGCCCCACCGCGGCGACGUCGGCGCGCUACGUCCCGUCGAGGGAAAGAGGGAAAAAGGAGGAGAAGAGCGGAAGAUGGCGACCUCUAACAAUCCGCGGAAAUUCAGCGAGAAAAUCGCUUUACAUAACCAGAAGCAGGCCGAGGAGACUGCGGCGUUCGAGGAGGUGAUGAAGGACCUGAGCAUAACGAGAGCUGCGCGGUUGCAGUUGCAGAAGACCCAGUAUUUGCAGUUAGGGCAGAACCGUGGACAGUACUACGGAGGAUCACUGCCCAAUGUUAAUCAGAUUGGAAAUAGUAACAUUGACCUCCCCUUUCAGACUCCUUUCCAGACUACGGGCUUGGACACAAGUCGGACCAGUCGGCAUCAUGGCUUAGUGGACCGCGUGUACCGCGAUCGCAAUCGUAUUACCUCUCCACAUCGACGACCACUUUCUGUAGACAAACAUGGCCGCCAGAUUGACAGUUGUCCAUAUGGAUCUGUGUAUCUCUCUCCUCCGCCUGACACAAGCUGGAGAAGGACUAAUUCUGACUCAGCCUUGCAUCAGAGUACCAUGAACCCCCCCGCACAAGACUCUUUCGCUGGAGGUUCACAAGACCUACAGCCAAAGCGAGUGCUUUUGCUCACAGUGCCUGGGACAGAGGAACCGGAGUCAGAGGUGGAUAAAAACAUCCAGAAGCAGUUGUGGGACAAUAAAAAGAAUGCAUCACCCAGGCCCAAAUCUUGUGAGGUCCCAGGAAUAAACAUCUUUCCAUCACCUGACCAGGAAAUGACAACGUCCUUAAUCCCAGCUACACAUAAUACAGGUGGAUCCCUGCCUGAUUUGACCAACAUCCAGUUUCCUCCACCACUGCCCACACCACUGGACCCUGAGGACACCGCAUCCUUCCCUGCACUGAGCACCUCCAACAGCACUGGCAACCUGACCACAAACCUCACUCACCUGGGCAUCAGCGUUGCUAGCCAUGGAAUUGCCACCUCCCAACCUGCGAUGACAGUAACAACUCAGCGCAAGCAGCAGAAUGUGGUUCCGCUCACUCUUAAUGCAGACACCCAGAACCAGCCGACCCCUCAGCAACUCUCCCCUACCCUUUCACCCCCUGUCACCGUUGCUCAGGCAGUGACUAUGGAUGCCCUGACGCUGGAGCAGCAGCUUUCCCAGUACCCAUUCUUCAGCCAGCUCACGUCACAAGCAUUGGCACAGGUGGUCAGUGACCUGCAGCAGCGGCCGCCACAGCAGUUGCAGCAACAGCAGCAGCAGCAACCGCAACAGAACAUCAGGCUUGUCCAGUUGCCGCCACUGUCUGUGACGACAGCUACCAGCCUGCCGCAGUCCACCACGGGGAGCCAGACUCCCACCACUGUUGGCAUUGACCUUAACUCAUACCGCAGUCAGGCUGGGUCCCCUGCCAACCAGUCUCCAACCUCUCCAGUCUCCAAUCAAGGCUUCUCGCCUGGCGGCUCGCCUCAACACACUUCUGUUGUGGGCAGCAUUUUUGGGGACUCCUUCUAUGACCAACAACUCACGUCCAGGCAGACCAAUGCUCUUUCACACCAGCUUGAACAAUUCAAUAUGAUAGAGAACCCCAUCAGCUCCAAUAGUUUGUAUAGCCAGUGUUCCACCCUCAACUACACUCAAGCAGCUAUGAUGGGACUGACAGGGAGCCAUGGCAGCUUGCAAGACUCGCAGCAGCUUGGUUACAGUAGCCAUGGCAACAUCCCCAAUAUUAUUCUCACAGUUACUGGAGAGUCUCCACCUAGCCUGUCCAAGGAGUUGACCAACUCACUAGCAGGUGUAGGAGAUGUCAGCUUUGAUGCAGACUCUCAGUUCCCAUUGGAUGAGCUGAAGAUUGACCCCCUCACACUGGAUGGACUGCACAUGCUCAAUGAUCCAGAUAUGGUACUUGCCGACCCUGCCACAGAAGACACUUUCCGGAUGGAUAGGCUGUAAUGCAAGAAUGCCAACUGCUGUGAUAAGUGACCUGAGAGUAGAGGCUGGGAAUAGAGGAGGGUUAGGGCAUGUAGUUGCCCAGUUGCAAAACAACAAUCCGCCCUCCAAGAUGUACCCCAUUUACACGUAUGUCCUUUGUGAUGAUGAGCUACUAAAACCAAUUGGGUCAGGGACUGCCAUAGCUUGCUGGGGAAAAAUAUAUAUAUAUAUAUUUAAAACGGGAAAACAUCAGUGCUGUAAUGUCCAGUUAAAGUAAGCUUGUUCUUCUGAGCUUGUAAAUCCAACUGCAUCAUUUGUAUGCCUGCCGUAUGUCUCUUGUUGCAUUUGAAAAUUAUAUAUAUUUUUGGUGGGGGGGGGGGUGCAACAUUCAGAAUUUUCUACAGAUCUGCAUUUGGUUGUCAGUUUUUGUAUUUUGAAGGGAUUUAAUCUGCUCAUUUUAAAGUUAAUGUUUUCUUUUAACCGGAGAAAAAUUGAGUGGGGUAUUAUGAAUAUGAUUUGCAUUUUAUUUAUUUACUUCUUUAAUCCAGUACUUGCAAAUGUUCUUCAUCAUUUUGUUUAGUAGAUUUGUUAUCCUUGUUUUUCUGUGCUCCUCUUUUUGAUUUUUUUAGAAAACAAAUUCCCAUGAAUUCAAUUAUAGCUUUAGCUUUUCAACAUGCCAUUGUCAUUUUGUUUUGUAUUUGUUGCUUUUUUUUCUUUAAACUGACCAGCAUUCACUGCCUAUUUUAGUUUCCUGCCAAAGUUUGUCAUAUGUUUUUUCUGUUUAUGUUGUCAUUUGCUUCAGUGUCCCUGUAACUCUACAAACAGUUGACUAUGACUUUGUUCCGUUAGGGUUAAGGAGUACUAACCCUCCCCAUAACAAAUGCUUACUGGUUCUAUAGAAACUUUUGUCGCAUUUCGUUAGAAGAAUUUACCUGUGCCACUUUCAAAUAACUACAUGAAACUGCAUUACAAUUUUAUUUGUGACUGCUGACACGAAUGAUCAGGAUUACAGUCCUGCUCUUUGGCCUCCAUGAUCUUUCAGAUGGCAAUAAGAACUGGUAGUUUGAAAAGUACUCAGUACAGUACAAUUUGAACAUUUUUUCAUAUCUGCAUAUUAAUUUGUUUACAUAGUCCUUGUCUUGUUCUUUACUGUUUGUAGAAUGGUUCUGUCAUUUAACGGGAUGCCCAAAACAGAUUGCUGCUUUUAUUCUGUAUUUGCAUAUAAACUAUAGCUGAAAUUUUCAUUUGGAAUCUUGCUUUCAGAUUUAUGUCUUUACCUUCCUGAUUAUCCAUAAUCCCCAUAGUGCAAGGAGACAAACAUGCCAGAAAGUGAUUGAGCUCAUCACUGUGAGAUCACCUAAUUUUGCCUUACAUGAACGAGAUGCUGUUUUCAAGUGUCUGUUACCUAAUGUGAAAAUGUAUUUUUCCUAACGUCUCUUACUUUUCUUGGCUUUUGAUAGAUUUUUUUAAAGAUAUAUAUUGAAUGACAAAUAUUUGUGGCAAUGUAGUGGAAAAAGUCAAUUAAUUGUAACGCCUUGAUUGAUGUUCAGUGUGUCACACCAUUUAGCAUUAUGAGUGCGGGGGGUUAUUACUCCUUAGAGUCUAUUGGUAUUGAACGGUGUUUUACGUUGCCUGUGUGUAUUUAUUUAUAAAUGUAUUUAUUUAUUAUUUAUUUAUUUAGUCUGACUUCUGUUUUGAACAUCUUUUUUUCUGUCUUGUUUGGUGGUUUAUGCAGGAGUUGGUUGUGCAUGGUGUGCUUGGGACAGUGAUGUUCAAGCAGUGUUAACUGUUAAAUGUGAUGUUUACUCUUAUUUGGUGUGUGGAUUUGGUGCUGUGUUUAUCCAGCUUUUGCUCCACAUGGGCAGUUUAAAUAAGUAAAACUUGUAGUUUGCCACAGAUGGUUUAAUGAUUCCUAUGCAAAACAAUAUAAAUUAAUAACUAUAUUCUAACACACAACAAUUAGGUUUGGAAGUCAAAUUUAAUAAAAGUAUAAUUUAGUUGGAGCAAAACUGAAAUAUUUUUCUUUAUAUUUUGUGCCAUUCAGAUUACUGGAUUGAAGAGAUAUCAGCAAAAAAGCGUUAUAGAUAUCAGAUUGUUUUGGUCGUACAGUAUUUCUAUUUUUUUUUAAACAAAUAAAAGAAGCAUUAAAAAGCUUGUGUAUAUUUUGUAGAUACCUUAUUGCAUAAACCUUUGAAAUCUGCAUGAUAAAUAUGAAUAGGAUGUUCAGAAAAUUGCCUUUAUCAGGACAGUUUGUUGGAGUUAAAUCAUGCCACUUGUAGUAUAUACUGAACUCCCAAGCAAAAGUAAAAGGAAAAUGUUAAAGUGACUGACAAAAUGUGAUUAACUCAUUACUAUAUUUUGGUGCACUGCUGAGACAAGAAUGUAUUUAUGUUUCCGGUUAGUAUUUUUUGUAUUCUACCAGGUAGUACCAGCUUUUGGUUUCCCAGUGUUGGACCAAAACGGAUGAUCCAUUGUUUAAAAAAAAAAAGAAGAAGAAAAAAACUGAAGGCUUUCAGUUUUAUUCUGAUUCAUAUUUGUAUAUUUGGUGGUUAUUUUACUUUUAGUGAUUUAUUAUUAACUGACAUUGUUUGCCUCGCUAAUAUGGGGCUGUUACAUUGUCUGCAGUUCCCAAAUUAACAUUGCUACUGGCCUCUAAAUGCCAUGUACAAUUUAAUGAGGUCAUUUUUUUUUUAUUUAUUUUUGUAAAAUAUUUUCCCCAAGAAAGCUAUAUCUUUGUGUAACUGGCCGAGCCUUGCCCUUGUCGUUGUAUCAGUUUUAUCUUGCCAGUUGCUUUGCACUUUCUGUCAUUAUAGCAUUAAAACCCACAACUGUUUAACCCUCAACUGUGAUCACUGACUGGUCUAUGUAUAGGGCCAAACUUUCAUUUACUUGUAUUUAAAAAAGAAUAGUGUACUUUAUGUAAGAACAUAAUUGUGUAUUCUCUGCAACAGAGGUCAUUUCUAGUUCAUCAGCUUCUAAUGUGAACUCGCUGAUCCUUUUUCAGUAGUGAGGUUUAGGAAGCUGUCAUAUCUCAAUGCAAACCUGAAAGGGCUCCUGCGUCAGUGCAGCUUGUUCCAUGUAACUCAGUUACACUGAAUUUGUGUGGGCUGCAAGUAAACGUUUUGUGUGUAUGUUAGUUUGCACCACAACGCUCCACAGGCUUAAGA